AUGGAGGCCGGAGAGGUCCAGAGACGGAGGCCAGAGAGGUCCAGAGACGGAAGCCGGAGAGCUCCUCGUCCUCCUUCUCCUCCUCCAUCCGCCUCUCCUCCUCCUCCUCCUUCUCCUCCUCCAUCCGCCUCUCCUCAACCCGCCCCGCAAGAACCCCCCGGCCCAUCCCGGCCCCCGGCCCCUCCCCGUUUCAGCCGCCGCCGCUACCUCCUCAUCGACAGUCUCGGGGUCCCAUACACGGUGCUGGUGGAGGAAGCCGGGGGCGGUGGGGCGGCCCCCGGGGGGCCCCAGCCCCCGGCCCCCCAAGCCCCGCCGGCCCCCCAAAGCCCGCCGGCCCCCUCGCGGAAGGCCUACCGCUGCCCGGUCUGCUCGCGGGCCUUCGAGUACCUGUCCUACCUGCAGCGGCACAGCAUCGCCCACUCGGAGCAGAAGCCGCACGUGUGCCCCGCCUGCGGGAAGGGCUUCAAGCGCCAGAGUCACCUGGAGAGGCACAAGUUCACCCACGGCGGGCGCGGGGGCAAGCCCCACGCCUGCCCCGUCUGCCCCCGCCGAUUCCGCGACGCCGGCGAGCUGGCCCACCACCAGCGCGUGCACACCGGGGAGCGGCCCUUCCAGUGCCGCGUCUGCCACAUGCGCUUCGGGGAGCGGAACACGCUGCAGAGGCACGCCCGCCGCAAGCACCGGGCCGGGCAGCCCUGACUGCGCUCGGCCGGCCCCGGGGCACCCUCGGCCGAGGACCGACCCCCACCCCCCGUCCCCGCACCGAGCCAGCUUCGGCCCCCUCCCCCCGGAGCCGAGGACGGGGCACCCCAGGCCGCGUCCGUCAGCCCCGGCCUCCCCGAGGCGCCCCCGGACGGGCUCGAACUUGGGGCUGACGUCGGGCCCUUCCCGUCCGAAUCCCGGACUCUUGACACCGCUGACUUCCCCCUUGAGAUUCCUCUGUGGAAAUCCGGCUCAGAUCCUGGCCGGACUCUGACCUCUCUGCUCCCGCUCCUCUGUCCCUCUCUGGCAGCUGGAGGAUAUUGGGGGGCGGCGGGGGAUUGGGGGGGGGAGCUGCUGCCCUCCUCCACCUCCCAAACGGGAGCCUGGAUUUAUUCAUCUCUGAGUUUCCAAGUCCUAGCCGGGGAGCGGCCGAGUCAGCCGGUGAGGGACCACGAGCUAGGGCAGCCCUUGCCCCGCCACCAGAUCCCCGAGCACUUCCGUACGGAUUCCAGAGCACUUACAGGUAGCGGGUCGGCCGGAUCGGCGGGGCCCGCGCCAAAACCCACCUCCCCGGAAUGGAGACGCGGACGAGACGGUGGGGAGGGAGGGCGGCUCCUGGUUUUCACUGGUUCUUUUUGUGCGUUUUUAAGGUAUUAGGGGUAGGAGGGCAACAGAGGACUCCUGACCAAAAUAAAUGUGUUCCGACAGA